AUGGGUCAACAGGGUGAGUCCAUGUACACUGAUGAAGAGAACUCAGUCCUUGACGUCUCGCAUAUCUUGGCUACUGCUUCUGCUGCCAAGGAUGGGUGGUUAGUGGGUCGUUUAUUGACGGAGGGUUCCUGCAACCUCAGGGGCCUUAAGGGAACGCUAGUCAAUAUCUGGAGGAGCUUUGGGCGCCAUGAGUUCAGGGAGUUGGGCCCUAACCUGUUCACCAUCAGGUUCCAUGAUAAGGCUGAUCGUGACCGCUUGAUGCUGGCGGGUCCUUGGACGUUUGACCAGUUUCUUCUGGUUCUGAAGGAACUUGAGGUUGAUGAGACCCCUUCGCAAGUACCUCUUCAGCGAGUCCCCUUCUGGGUGCAGGUUCAUGAUAUCCCAGUUGGUCUCCACACUGAGGAGAUGGCACGGUCUCUUGGCAAUGCUUUGGGUGGUUUUCUGGGAUGGGACUCGACAGAACGGCGAAACCAUGGUGGAUAUCUCCGUAUUCGAGUCUCAGUGGAUGUUACGAAGCCUUUGCUUCGCUCCAAGCUUCUGGGCAGAGGAGCUAACAAGGAGCCGUUGAGGGUGCUGUUUCGUUAUGAGCGGCUAGCAAAUCUGUGCUAUCGCUGCGGCCGCAUGGAUCACUUUGUCAAGCAUUGCAGUAGUAAGGAGCGGGGUCCUUUCCCGUUUGGUCCUUGUAUGAAGGCAGAGGUUGUGCAUUCUUUCACCUCCCGUAACCGUGCAUCUUCUUCUUUCUCCUCGCGGGGAGGAGCUGCUUAUGGUACUGAUUCAGGGUCUUCCUCUUUCCCGCAAUAUGGGCCCUCAUCUCCGUUGCAUGGUUCUGUUCAUGGUGGAUCAGAGGUGGGUGAGAAAGAUGGCAACUCAGUUUUGACCCCAAAGGAUGUGGCAGUUACUACCGUGGACUUUGGUGGGUCAGGUGACAAUCAUACUGUGCCAGAGGGUCCUAGCAAGAAACGUAGUGCUGGGACUUCCUUGGAUGAUGCUAUGGUGUUACAACCUCCUUCAAAGAAGAUGCUUUUUGAUGCAAUAUCGGCGGACGCUGCUGAGCAGGUCCGCCGGGCACAAUGA